UCUAAUAUAUUUGUAGUUACGUUCCAUCCUCCACAAGGAACUUCAUGGGUUUACACACUAGUGAAUCUCCGGACCGAAUCACACAAGAAGAAGAAGAAGCCAAUAUUGGAGUUGAGAAUCAACCAAGAGCAACGACUUCAAUACCCCAAGUUAUCAAGACACGAAACUGGUGGAUUUGUUUAUUUGUCUGCUCGGGUUUGGUUGUAACAGGACGUGUUUUAGCCACACUUCUUCUUAACUUCUACUUCAUCCAAACAGGACGAGAUGUUUGUGAUGACCCUAAACAAUUUAAAGGCACAUGGCUUCAGUCUUUUAUCCAGAACGCUGCGUUUCCAUUUACAGCGUUGCUUCUUCUCUUAUGGCGUUCUUUGUUCUCCACCCAUAGAGAAACUCAAUCUUCUUCGUCUUUUGUCAAACUCUUUCUUCUUUACAUCUCUCUCGGUGUCCUCUUUGCUGCUUAUAGCCAACUCUAUGCGAUAGGGAGAACUCAUUGUGUGUUCUUCUUUUGGAUCUUUACAACACAAUUGAUCUUCACUUCCAUAUUUACAGCAAUCAUCAACAAACACAAAUUCAACCGUUGGAUCAUAUUAUCCAUCGUCCUUUCUGGAAUUGCCACAGGCAUUACAUCUUCGGAUGAUGCUUAUUAUCCCUGCGAAGGUGAAGGUGGGAAAAUGAGCUACGGUGCUUGGUGUGGCUUAUUUGGCACGGUAGCCUUCUCUUUAUCUCUCUGUAUCAUGCAAUUAGGGUUCCAAAAGGUUAUACCGAACACAGAGAGUAGAGUUUCCGCGGUGAUGUUGAUGCAAACUAACGCUUCUAUGAUUGCAACGUUGAUAUGUUUGGUUGGAUUGUUCAUAAGCGGUGAAUUCAAAGAUAUCAAGGAAGAUUUCGAGACGUUUACAAAGGGGAGGCCGCUUUACGUUUUGAGUCUUAUCGGUUUAUCACUUGCGUGGCAAGUAAUGUCUUUAGGGCUAGUGGGUCUUGUGUGUUUAGCGUCUUCUCUUUUCUCUAAUGUCGUCAGCUUCUCUGCGUCACCAUUAGCUAACAUUUUCGUUGUCUUGGCGUUUUCGUUUAUGGAUGAUGAUGUUGACUGGUUUAAGGGAGGAGCUCUGUUAGCUGGGAUCCUUGGGUUUGCAUCUUAUAUUUAUUCCUUUUACAAGGCUACUAAGAAAAGAGAAAUAGCAAGCCAAAGUGAAACAGAGAGUGUGUGUGAUUGAUGAUAUGUAUAUUUGUGAUGCUAUAUAUUUCAUGUAAUUAAGAGUGUUUCGGUUUGUCCAUUUCACUGAUGUUAUUAUGUAGGAUUGAAGGGUUUGGUACCUUCUUGCAUUUGUGUUCAAUGUUUAUGUUAUAAUUGGCUUCGAUUUGAUUA